UAUGGCGGCGCGUUUUUCCCAACUUCUCUAUGUUUUGUGGAUGUAGAACGUGAUAAGGGUUUAUGUCUGAGGAUAAUAAUUGGCUUGUUUAGUAAAGGCUUAUUUGAACGAGGAACGAGGCCCGACACAUAGAGCUGAACAUGAGCACGGGCACGCCCUACAUCGGCAGUAAAAUCAGCCUCAUCUCCAAGGCACAGAUCCGAUAUGAGGGAAUUUUAUACACUAUUGAUACGGACAACUCCACUGUGGCUCUGGCUAAAGUGAGGUCCUUUGGUACAGAGGGACGACCUACGGACCGGCCCGUACCUCCACGAGAUGAGGUAUUUGAUUACAUCAUCUUCAGAGGAAGUGACAUCAAGGACAUUACCGUCUGUGAGCCACCAAAGCUACACCACAGUCUGCCUCAGGAUCCUGCGAUCGUUCAGUCGUCUGUGGGUAGUUCAUCUUUACCGUAUGGCCCUCAGGGAGGUUACAGUCCCUACAGGAGCAUGAUGCCACCUUAUAACCCCCUAGCUGCCAGCUCUCUGCUCAAUCAGCAGUAUGCUGCUGCACUUAGCCUGGGAGCCGGACUGCAUGGCCCUCUAAGAAGAGGUCCCAUGGUGGAACAGGCUGUCCAGACAGUGCCUGCUGAAAAACCAGCUCCAAAAAAAGGCUUGGCAUCACAGCAGCAGGGCCGUGAGGGAGGCAGGGUGCAGCGAGGUCGAGGAAGUCCUCAAACACAGAGGAGCAUCAUGUCUACGAAUGCUCAGCAAGGAGAUGUGCAAGGGCAAAAUCAAGCUAAUGAUGAAAACAGACCACCACAGAGGAGGAGACAAGGCAAUCGGCGAUCCCGGAAUCGCAACAGAGGUCAGAUUAUCGUAGCCAACACAAAGCCCACCACCCUUCAGUUUGAGUCGGACUUUGAUUUUGAAACGGCUAACGCACAGUUCAACAAAGACGAGCUAAUCAAGGAAGCUGAAGAUGACCCUGAAGUCAAAGAUAAAGAAGAGAAAGAGAAGUCUGACUCUGGAGUGGAGACUCAGAACAGUGAGGGUGCUGCAGACGAGGAUCCGUUUGGCCCAAAAUGCUUCUACAACAAGGCCAAAAGCUUCUUUGACAACAUCUCUUCUGAACUCAAAUCAAGACGUACAACAUGGGCAGAGGAGCGUAAACUGAAUGUGGAGACAUUCGGAGUUCCUGGUCGCUUCCUAAGAGGCCGUGGGUUUCGUGGUGGGUUUAGAGGGAGGAGAGGAAGAGGGAUGAAUCAGCACAUCUCUGCUCAACCAGCUGUUGGAAGUGGUAGAGUGUGAUGGAUCUGGAUGAUCUCUUCAGGUAGCCACCAAGUGGUUUUGUAAAUAAAGUUUCUCCUCCAUGUUUUUUUCCUUUCUUUCUAAUGUAUUUCAGAAUUUCAGUUGGUCCUGCACUUUAACUGUAACAGUUAUUAAAUGAAAACAAUUUUCUUUUAUUUGCUUGUCCAAAGGCUUGUUUUUGUUGUUUUCACUAGUGAAUGUGUUUAAAAUGUAAAAUGUUUGCACAA